AUGUCGCAAGCUCAAGUACAGAGUCCAACUUGGACUCCUCCGCACGAUAUUUCGCACCUGCCGGUCGAAAAGUUUCGUCGAUUUGUCAAUGCUCGCAAGAACAUAAGAUUGUCUUCAUACGACGAACUACACUCGUUCUCUGUCCGGGAGCUCAAUUCCUUUUGGAUGCUGAUGUGGGAGUAUCUGGAGAUCAAAUGUUUCUCACCUCCUACCACGAUAAUAGACGAGAAGACAUCAAUGGAUUCAUUUCCAGAAUUCUUUCCAGGAACAUAUCUGAAUUUCGUCGAGAAUGUGCUCGGUCAACCGCGAGAGGGCACCGCCCUCAAGGCAUUUUGUGAGACCACGGGCGAGGGACAGUUUGAAUCAAUCUCGUGGACUGAGCUACGGCAACGUGUGAGGACUACUGCAGAUGCUCUGGAAGCGUCGGGAAUCCGGGAAAUGGACGUGGUUGCCUAUAUAGGAUCAAAUACUCCAGACGCAGUUGUUGUUUUGCUGGCCACUGCGUCCAUAGGCGCUGUUUUCACUUCUUUGGCGGGUGAUAUGGGGGAGAAGGCUGUCCUAGACCGAUUGCUUCAAAUUAAGCCCAAGAUCUUUUUCUCCGUCGAUGGCUAUCAGUACAAUGGCAAAUUUUACGAUUGUACGAUGCGGGCAGCUCGAAUUGUUCAAACCCUACGAGAGAGCAUCGGACCAUGCGAGAUGAUCCUCGUCCAGAAUCUUCGGCAAUCAAGCGCAAAAAGCGUUGUCAGCACUACGUACUCCUCAUUUCUCGGACGAGCUCGUCAACGCGCAACUGAAUUUACACCAUUAGCGUUUGGUCAUCCAAUGCUUAUCCUGUUCAGUUCUGGAACCACAGGGGCACCGAAAGGAAUGAUCCAUUGUCAUGGAGGCGUCGCAUUGAACUUGAAGAAGGAGCACUUGAUGCACGGGGGCCUUGGGCCUCACGAUAUCUAUUACCAUUACUCCAGCAUUGGUUGGACCAUGUGGAAUAUUUUCUCUGGAGGGUUGUUGACUGGAGCAACACUUGUCUUGUACGACGGCUCGCCUUUCUAUCCCAGUCCGGCUGCUCAUCUGAGGAAUUUGUUAUCGAUCGGGACGACGGUCUUCGGCGGAAGCCCCAGAUACUACACCGAGCUCCGGGAUCGAGGAGUUAGACCAAGCAUGAAAACUCCGAAAUCAAUCCAUUCACGACGAAUCAAGCAGAUUCGACUCCUGAAUAGCUCAGGGGCAGUUCUCCCAGCUACUAUAUGGCAGUGGAUGGCUGAAGAGUUUGGGAAUCCGCCCAUAUUAUCUUUCUCUGGUGGGACAGAAGUCUGCGGGUCUUUCAUUCAUGGAAGUCUUGUGCAUCGUCAGUAUGCUGGAGAGAUUGCUGUGAAAAAGCUAGGAUUCGAUGUCGACAUUUUUGAUGAAGACGGUAAAAGCUGCCAACCCGGCGAGGCAGGAGAGCUUGUGAUCAAAGGACCUUUCCCGAGUGCAGCAGUCAAAUUUUGGAAUGACCCCGACUACAAGAAAUAUCGCUCAUCAUAUUUUGAAAGAUUUCCUGCCGUCUGGGCACAUGGAGACUAUGCCAAAAUCAACCCGGCCACCAAUGGCAUAAUCAUGCUAGGGAGAAGUGAUGGAAUACUCAACCCUUCAGGAGUAAGAUUCGGCUCUUCGGAGAUCUAUGCUGUUGUGGAGACGGUUCCCGACAUUAUUCAAGAUUCAUUAUGUGUCGGACAGAGCAUAUCUGACGGGGAAGAACAAGUCAUUUUGUUCGUUCAGACCAGGCCCAGCAUCGACUUUACAAAAGAGACUGAGACGACGCUGCGGAAUAAGAUCGCCCAAUCGCUUAGCCCAAGGCACGUCCCCAAAUACAUGUACUCGGUGCCGAAGAUCCCUUACAAUGUCAACGGCAAGAAAUUGGAGAUUGCUGUGAAGAGAGUCAUAUCAGGGGCUGAGAUCGAUGCGAAAAUGAGGACAACUCUAAUGGAUCCGACGGAUUUGGACAUCUUCAAGCAAUAUGCUGUCUCAUCGACCACGCAGAAUGCCAUCAGGGCCAGGCUUUGA